AUGUAUGUAUGUUCAUGGCAACACCGCCUCAAGCUGUGUAUGGCUACAAAAUACAAAGGCGCAUCUCUGGUGAGAUGCACCCUAUGCAAUGCAUAG